AUGUCGCGAAUUCCACAUAGACCGGACAAGGUCAGUGGAAGGUUUCAAUUUCAUGGAAUGCGCAUGUGUUGGAGGCCCCAGCAUGUGGUCUGGAACCACCCCCAGAUCGUGUUGAAUUUCACGAAGAUGGGAGAUGGAGGAGACACGACCGUUGAUUGGAUGAGUGAAGCCAAUUACGGGGAGGUGGACGAGGAGCGACCAAUGAGCAUCGAUUCUUAUCACUUACCGGAGACGACCAGUCAUUGUGGCCGCAUCGACAUUCGACGCUGGUCUCUCAGGUCUAUUCUAUGCACUCUCGGCUUGGUUCCCGACUGCCGACAAUCUUACGCCAACGAUUGGGCAUCACGCACCACCUACCUUGCGAUCAACCUUUCAGAUAUAAUGCUGGAAGAAAAGGUUGUAUCGCCUGCGGCGCAAUCAUUUCGAACGUCUUCCGACAGCGCACAGUGGCGCUAA